AUGCAGCCUCAAUUCCGAGCUGGGCCUGGGUCAUACGUGCCUGGUACCCAACAAGCCCCACAGCGCACUCCUCAUCCGGGCCCGAGACGAAAUGGAAUGGGUCCAACGGCUCCAGGCCCCCAACAGUCCGCCCCGAUGAACCGAGCCUCGAUGGGCUCGCUCCCACCCCAUAUCCCAGCGCAAGCGGUUGAUCUCGAAAAGAUGACCGCAGCCAGAGCACUGAAGAGACGAAGCCGCAAGCCGACCGACAAAGAACUUCCAGAAGGCAUCGAGGACUGUCUUGCUACAGGCGAUUCUGUGGCGCAACGAUACAGAGAACUGCGUGGCGUUGAGCGACGACUGGAUGCAACCUUGAUGCGGAAGCGAUUAGACAUAGCGGAUAGUCUCAACCGCACCACAAAGCGCUACAAGACUCUUCGCAUAUGGGUCAACAACACAGUCGAGGACCAAGUGUGGCAGACCAACGGGCUUGCUGUUGACACGUUCGAUUUUACACCGAACGUGGAAGCAUCUUAUCGCGUCAAAAUCGAAGGUCGCUUGCUCGACGAUGGUUAUGAUAACUCGUCUGACGAACCUGAUGGGUCGGACACCGGCGAUGCCAACUCAGGGAGUAAAUCAACCAGCCAACGCUUCACCCAUUUCUUCAAACACUUGACUGUUGAAUUCGAUACCAGUCGUUCACGCGCUGCUGCUGAUCAAACGGUCACCUGGAACAAGUUCGACACGACCAAGCCCAACCACGCAAAGUCCCCAGCAUCCACAGAGGCUGACGAGCUGACGUUCAAGCGCAAUGGGGACGAGAACAUGAAUAUCACGAUCAAAUUGACGCGCCAGGAAAACCCGGAGCGACAUCGGGUACGGCCCGAACUAGCGGAGAUCAUCGAUAUGGUUGAAGCUACUAGGCAAGAGGCGAUCAUGGGCGUCUGGGACUAUAUCAGAGCUUCAGGGCUUCAGGAAGAUGAAGAGAAGCGUCAUUUCCGAUGUGAUGCCCUUCUGCGCAAGAUUGUGACGCGCGGAGAUGUUGGUGCUAUACCGAAUCUGGGAGAAUACGUCGACCGCUUUCUCGAGCCUUUACCCCCAGUCAGCCUUCCGUAUACCAUUCGGGUCGAUGAGGCAUUCCACCGCAACCCACAGCCUACAGUAUACGAUGUUCAAGUCGCCGUCGACGAUUCCUUCCGUAAUACUACGCUUCCAUUUGUUGCAAGUCCUACUUAUGGCAACGCGCUCAAGGAGAUCAUGGCGCUAGAUGACCAGCUGACAACACUUGUUGGGGCGGUGGCUAAUUCUAAGGCCAAGCAUUCAUUCUUCAUGUCUCUUGGUAACGACCCUGCUGUUUUCCUUCAAGAUUGGUUCAGCUCCCAGAAGCGCGACCUGGAGAUCAUUGUGGGUGAAGCUACCAGGGGAGGUGGCGAAGAUGCCUCAGGAGAAGAAUGGCGUCGAGGCGGCAAAGACACAUGCCGUUCAGCAGGUCUCCACCGCUGCGUUGACAUUGCUGAUGAGCUUCUCACCAUUCUUGUAUCCUUAGCUAAUGUUGUGACAAGAAAAAGAACUGCUUACCUUCAUGAUCAAUAUCCAUCCUUGAGCAGCACAGUCAAAGCACCCUUUGCAGAAGCCCAGGGGAAAUUUACACGAGACGAUCCAAACCCUGGCUCCUUCAUGUCGGGCGAGGGACCACUCGCUCAAGUUGAUUGCAGGGCAGCCCUUGAACAUAACUUUGAAACAGUUCCAAGGGAAGACGCCCGGCACAUGGUUCAAGUUCCAGUCUCCUAUGUGGCUGUAGAGAGGUUUGCUCAGUCAAUCCCACGGCUGGAAGCAUCGUCAGACUACCAGAGCACGCGACGUACAUCUUCGAUAACGACAAUUAGGUGA